GUGUCCCUUUACUGAAAAUGCUGUACAUUAUUGCAGUAUCUGUCAUCAUUAGUCUUCAAACAGGAGCCACAUACAGCAAUGGUUGCCGUGAAGGCAGUGUUAGAUUGGUAGGUCCUGAUGUUAAUGUCACUAGAUAUGGUAGACUAGAGAUAUGUUCAUCUGGUCUGUGGCACAGUGUGUGUGCUGAUGGUUCAUUCUGUUCAUUAACUGCUAAAGUGAUCUGCAGGCAAUUAGGACUCUCUAUUACUGGUGCUCAAGCUUAUGGUCUGGCUCUAUUUGGUGAAGGUAAUGGCACAGUUGGAUAUCAGAAUGUCUCUUGUACUGGGAAUGAGCUCAACAUUACACAGUGCAACUACACCACACCUUCAACCUGCAGUCAUGAGUUUGAUGGAGGAGUACUCUGCAAUCCUCAGGCAAUAUGUCUUGAUGUUGGUGGGUUCUCUUCUUGUUGUGAUACCUACCACUGCUAUAUCUCAUACCCGUACAACUGCUGGUGUGAUGAACUCUGUCAUUCAAUGGGUGACUGCUGUCCUGGGGUGGAGUUUACCUGCCCUCAUCCAAACUUCUGUAGUACAGGCUUUACUGUCAAUGAAGCAACUGUAGUGUGUAAGAGCUUAGGACUGAGUGUAUCAAAGGUUACACCAUUUUACAAUAAUAAUGAAUACGGUCAGGGACUUGAGGACGUUUAUUCAAAGACCGUCAGUUGCUAUGGCAACGAGUCCCAGCUGUUAGACUGUAAAGGAUACAACAGUUGCUGUGGGCACCAGUAUGACAUAGGAGUGUCCUGUGAAUCAUCAUGUACCUCUGGGACUAUAAGACUGGUGGGUGGACCUACUGAUAGGGAAGGACGAGUUGAAGUGUGUCACAAUGGACGCUGGGGCACUAUAUGUGACAAGGAAUGGGAUAUCUAUGAUGCAUAUGUGAUCUGUAGGACAAUGGGGCUACCAUGGAGAGGUGCACAGGCAUUUACUGGUGGGUACACUAGUAGUGUGUAUGGAUCAGGUACCACAGGUCAGGUGAUAUGGAUUGAAGAUAUAGAGUGUACUGGAGAAGAGAACCAACUCAGUGAGUGUGUCAGUGAAGAUCAGUAUGGAGACAAAGGGAACUGCCAGCAUUCAAAUGAUGUCAGCAUGAUCUGUGCCCCAGGUCCCUGUGCAUUAGCUGGUUAUAAUGAAACAUGUUGUGAUCCAUCUACUGGUGCCAGUUGUCAAGGAGUUAACCCAAACACCGUCUGUCACUGCUCACUCGACUGUGAGGAUCACAAUGACUGCUGCAUUGAUGCACACUUGAUAUGCCAGUGUCAUAACUAUGAUUUAAGACUAGCGGGUGGUACAGUACCUAAUGAAGGUCGUGUUGAGAUGUGCUAUGAAGGAGAAUGGGGUACCAUCUGUGAUGACUAUUGGGACAACCUAGACGCACAAGUUGUGUGUCGUCAAUUAGGAUACUUGUCAACAGGAGCUCAGGGAUUUAGAUAUGCAUAUUUUGGUGAAGGAACAGGUCCAAUAUAUUUAGAUGAUGUACAGUGCAGAGGAAUUGAGCGCAAACUGAUAUACUGUAAACGUAAAUAUUGGGGCCAUAACUGCCGUCAUUAUGAAGAUGCUAGUGUAAGAUGCCCUAUAGCACCAGAGUGUACUUCCCCUGACAUAAGACUAGCUAAUGGAGAGAACAGCUUUGAAGGAGAACUACAGAUCUGUCAUAAUGGAGCAUGGAGCAAAGCCUGUAUUACUAAUGAUUAUCUUUAUGUGUCAAAAAAUGCACUUGUAGCAUGCAGGACAAUAUUUGGAUCAACAAGAGUGAGUACAUUCUAUUUUUCAUACAGCUGGUGGUCGUCAGGUUCACCAGGAGUUGGUUCAAUAAGGUGCAAUGGAUAUGAGAGCAAUCUUGCUAACUGUUUUGAUGACUACAACACUUACAAGAACUGCCCCAAUGCUGUAUUAACAUGCUACCCUCAGUGGAGGUAUGCUGGUCAACCAAUGUUGAUACCAGGACCUCAGUAUGGUCGACUACUGGUCAGUGUUGACGAUACCUGGGGCACUGUCUGUAAGGACCUGUUUGAUGUCAAUGAUGCUGGAGUUGUAUGCACUGAACUGGGACUACCAGCAAGCAGUCCCAGGGUGUACAGAGAUGGUCAGUUUGGAGCUGGUAGGGGGUCCAUACAUUAUAACUAUGUUCAAUGCGAUGGUUGUUAUAACAAGAAAUGGGGAACUAUCUGUCACAAGGGAUGGACUACUGAAGACGCAAGAGUGGCCUGUUACCAACUGGGAUAUGACCCAACUUAUGUUAGAACAUUCAGUGGUGAUAAGUUUGGUCCAGGAAUUGGUCCAGUUCAAUUUAAAGAUAUCAAUUGUACAGGAAAUGAGACUAACCUCAAGUACUGUACAGUUAAUACUGACACCAGUGACUGCAGUCAUGAUGAAGACUCUGGCUUAAGAUGUGAUGGAGAUAAACUGGUUAAUGACACUCGUAUUGGCUAUAUGCCUAAUCCACUUCCUUCUCCCGGGUUUAUUACUAAUUCAAGUAUUAGUGUAUUGAACAACACUGCAGUUGAAAUACACUGGAACAAACCCCACAAUGGGCAGAGUGUACCAGUUCAGUAUAACAUUACAAUAGGGAGUAGGACAGUCAGUGUCAUUGGAAGUGAAUACAAUGCUAUCAUUAGCAAUCUAAGUCCUGGUGUCCUGUACUCCUAUCAGGUUGUUGUUAGUAAUAUUUUUGGUCCAGGACUGCCACAGACUUCCAAUCAUUUCUUCACUGCUGAACUAGCUCCAGUUGGUGCUGUUACUAUACAAAGUGUUGAGUGGGUCAAUGAUUACACUGUCCAACUGGUGUGGAGUCCCUUAGCAUUGACUGAGGCUCGUGGAUUCAUUAACAAUUAUAAUAUAAAUAUAUCAUCAUAUGUUAAUGGUACCUGUGGGAUUGAACCAGUAGCAACAGACUCAGCACCAGCUAAUAAUAAUGAUACUAACAGUAAUAUUAAUCACACCAUAGCAACAAGAGGUGGUGUGAUGGUUCCUUCACUGAUGUACUGUGUGACAAUAACUGCUAACAACUCCAUUGGAACCGGACCCAAUAGCAGCCCUUUCAUCAUUAACGUUACAAGUUUCGAAAAGAUACAGUUAAUAAUUAAUUUAUUAAACACAGAUACAUGUGACAGUUGGAGUGAAAGUAAUAAAUUCAUUAAAAUGCACGAUAUCAUUAACGCUGUCACCAUGGCGAUACAGGAGCGUUGCUAUGACUGCCAGUUUUCAUCAGAAUACAUUAACAACAGAAGAUUUACAUGUACCAGGGAAGAGGGUGUGGUCCUAUUCUCCGCUAACCUAUACUCCACCAGUACCAGUAGAUACCUACAGCUAAUGGAGGAUUGGUUGUCUGCUGGUAAUGCAACUUUGAAUGUGAACGGACAAAUAUUUAAAAUGGACACAACAUGCAACGAUGAGAGGCAGUUUGGAUUCAAUGGACAAUUCUGCAUCAUUAAUAAUGAUGAUAAUAAUAAUCUAAUAAUUAGCAUUAGUUCAGGAGCAGGUGGAACAAUAUUGAUUAUUAUUAUAUUAAUUAGUGUGUUCGUUACCAGUGGAUACUGCUUCUAUAAGAAGAAAAGGUUAUUACCCCAUAAAAGUAACAGACUUGACAUCGACAUGAAAAAAAUAGAAGAAAAAGAUAAUGACGACAUCAAAAUAACAACAUUAUACUAAUAUUUAUUAAUGUAUUAUAAUUUAUUAUUACUAAUUGUUAAUUGUCCAUUCUUUUAUUAAUAUUUUUCUGACAUUAUUAACACAACCAGUGAAGACCAGCCAGUGAAUGGGUGUGUA